GUCGGCAGAGUAGAGCAGGUGAGAGACGACCAACGGACAGAGAUAGAAGGACCCCUGGGCUAAUGCAAACACCUCCUGCUACUGUGAAGGUUUGUCGGAGCACACCUGCAGCUUGCUUGACUUCCAUUCGUUAUCGCUUCCAAUGACCAGGGAAUACUGUAGCUGCAGACUGAUCCCCACAAUUCACACCUCCUCCGUGGGACACCCCCCCAGUCGUCCAACUUGGCCUGAAGAUGUUUUUUUGUCUACAGAAGGAAGAAUCGAUCAGGAAAUACCUGUAAUACACUAGAAAGAGAAAGAGGGUCAUCUGACAAUAUUUUCACUAUACAGAUAAUCCACACCAAAAACAAAGAAGAGGAAGGGGGAAAAAGAGGGAGUGCCAAUCCAGACCAAAGAAAGAGAGAAAAGGAUACAGAACAUCCCUUCAAGAUGGCGCAGAUCCCUCAGAUGUGGCACACCAAGGUGAUGCCCCAGGAAGAGAAUGUGGACCUGGACAAAAUGGUUGCUUUUGGUAGCCAGCCCGAGUGCUCCAUCUGCUACAACACCUACGACAAUGUCUUCAAGACACCCAAGCUGCUGGAGUGCACCCACACCUUCUGCCUGGAGUGCCUGUCGCGCCUCAUGGCCAUUUCGCUAGGAGAACAGGAAGGAGGUAGCAGCAAGAUCCCUUGUCCAUUCUGCCGCCACCCUACCCUCCUAACCGAGGAGGGUCCGCCUGCCCUGGCCACCAGCCAAGAGGUACUGUGUAAACUGCCCAGCCACCAGCAGCACGAGGAACCUGUGUGGCUUGAUGGGGAGAAGCUGUGCUACAAGCGGCCACUGGAGGCCAACCCCGGAACACCCAGCUCCACCUCAGCCUUCUGCAUCUCCAUCGACAUCGGGGCCAGCAAGGCAGGUGAGGUCCUUGCUCAGACGUGGCCCCAGCACAUAGGCUUCCUGGAGCGUCUGAACGGCUGGAAGCGGCUGCUGCUCUUCAUCGUGUUGAUGGUGCUGCUGGUGGUCAUCGUGCUGUGGCCCCUGCAGUGCAUUGUCACCACGGGCAAUAUGCGCUGCAUGCCGCGCACCGUGGGCUCAGGACACGGCUUCACCGCCACCACCACUACCCCAUUCACCAGGAUACCCAGUCUCACAAAGGGAGCCUUUAAUUAA